AUGGACGUAUUGAGUGUGAGACAAGCAUUUCCUGAAUAUCGAGAUGAAGUAUUUUGUAACUUAAUACCACGAUUUCGUCCAUACAAAUUAUUUUCAUUCAAUCAACAUAGUCAAUAUCCGCGAAUAGGUAUUGUACACUAUGAAAUGAAUCAUAUUCAACAACAACAGCAACCGUUUUAUGUACGUUAUCAUACACGCCGUUCAUCGAUUGAUAAUUUAAUUGUUAUUUAUGCAUGUAAUCGUGGUAUAUUGGUUCAUGGUGCUAAUGACUCAUACACUUCUUUUUGUUCUCCAGCUUAUUCUGGUGAUAAAUGUCAAUACCAGCAAGAACGUUUAACUGUCCACUUGAGAUUAGAAACAAAGGUAAUAGAUGAUACUGACACAUAUAAAAUCCUUAUUCGUCUUCAAACAUCAGCGAAUAUGUUUUAUGAUUAUAUUGACUUUACAUUUGCCAACUAUAAUCCAACAUCGCCAUACAAAACUGUUGUCUGUUUUACUGUUGAAAAGCAGUCUUUUCAACAUAGUCCAUGA